AUGGUAUCAAAUGUAGCAUAUAUUUUCAUGCUGAUGUAUUUGGUAGCUACAUGUGUUGCAAAGGCAAAUAGUGCAAUAUGUCAGUGCUCUUGCUGUGUUGGUCAAGGUUGCAAACCAAUUGCGAAGCCUCCUGUAUUCAUACCAUCAUGUAAGGAUGGCGCAUGUGGUGUUAAAUGUACAACUACAUUUCCAAAUCAUUGUGCUGUUCCAACAUCGGUAUUUACAGCCUCGUGUUCUUCAGCAACAUCAACUGUCAUCAAUCGACAUGCAUUAUCCAUCAUCUUUGGGAUGGCUUUUGCACUUUUUGUCAAACAAAUUUCUUAA